UUGAUGGUUAUUCAAUUAAUCAGGUAUUCAACCUCGUGCUGUUGGGAAAAGGACACCCCGAGUCCCAGUUUACCACUCUUACAAGCAAGAUGAUAGGGAGAAUUAUGUUUCACCUAAUAAAAGAAGCCUGAAGUCCACUGUUGAUGCUAAUGAUGACGAAGUUGCACAUGUAGCUUUGGCAUUAACCAGGGCUGCACAGAGAGGGAGCUCUCCCCUAGUUUCUCGAACACCACAUAGGAGAGAAGAACAGAAGUCCUCUCCUGUUCAGAGCUGGGAAAGAAUGAACCAAAUGUCUAAGACGGCUCGUGCCAAGUUUCGUGAUGUUUCCGUGGAUGAAGAGUUUUUGGAAGGUAGUAUAGAAAGUAGGGGAGCUGAAAAUGGAGAAUAUGUUAAAGAUACCGGUUCCUUGAUGGAUAUGGAAGGCAGGGGCACCGGUGAAGUUCUUCGGAAGGGAGAAAAAAAUUACAGAAAGAAAGAGAGAGUGAAAAAUGUUGGAAAUUAUCAGCUUGAUGAUGGAGGAGAAGCAUGCAGCGGCACUGAAGAAGGACUUAGUUUUCGUUCUUUGAAUUUGAAGGAAAAGAAUAUGGAGGUUAUUAAUGAAAAGUUUGAGCAAUUCACUCCAACAAGUCAGCGGAAAAGAAACAAAAAACUCUUUUUUGGAGAUGAAAUCCACGCCUUGAAUGCUUUGCAAACUUUGGCUGAUCUCUCUCUAAUGAUGCCGACAUCUAUAGUUGAAUCCGAAUCAUCUGUCCCGUUGAAGGGAGAAAGAAUGACUGUUGAUAAAGAUGAUAAGUCUGCUUUACCCGAAGCAACAUCAACAAGUCAUAAGAGAAAUAAAGUUAAACUCUGCGCAGUCCCUGGAGCUGACACUUCAACCUCCAAAAAAUCUAAACUCGGAAAGGAUAUAGCAAUCUCAAUAAUCGGUCACAAAAUUAGUCACAAAAUGCAGUCACAAAAUCGGUCACAAAAUUCGGUCACUAAACCGGUUACUAAAUUCGGUCACUAA